UGAUUCAAUCUUUUUUUGAAAAAUUAACUAAUAUAGAAAAAUUAGAUGAUAAUGAAAUCAGUAAUAAAGGUAAUAAAGGUGAUAAAGAUAAUGAAGAUGAAGGUGAAGGUGAAAUCAGUGACAAUAAUAUUCUAAGUAAUUCAAGUCGUCUUCAAAAUC